AUGUCACUACAUUACACGGAGGACGUCAGCUCAUUGUAUCCUCAAAUCCCUUCCUCAGUGGAUGAGCUGCCAGGGUUGUUCAAAGCUCUUAAAGAUGGAACAGAAGAAGUCAAAGGUCUCCUGAAAUAUAGCUGCAACGUAAUCCUUGAGUGCCGAUGUUGCCAAGCUGUUUUCCGUCACCCAGAAAACUUUCACAAACACAAACUGACUGUUUGCCGUGCUUACCACAAACCAAUUACACCCACGUAUGAACAAGUCUUAAAAUUUCAAAAGAAAGUAGCCGCAAUGUACGAUCCGGACAUGCCAUCAAGUAGCAAGUUAUUUGACGAAGAGGACGACGGCGAAGAACUCGUCCCUGACGACAACUCCUUCAUUGACACCUACGACGGCAUUGAGGAGUUUUGUGACUACGAUCCAGUAGAUAGUCCGGAACCUGGAGAAGUUGUAGAGUUACCGGAAGAGGGUGUGAUGGUUUAUGGCGUUGAAGAAGUCGAAGAAGAAUCGCUGAGUGAAAUCGAAGAAGGUGAAUACAUAGAGCCCGAAGAAGGUGGAAGUCAUCAUUCUAACUGCUCCGCAUCACCGCCACCAGCUCAGGUUAACUGCGAAGUUCGCACAUUGUCGUCAAGCAGUGAACCGCCUGAAGAAAUGGACUCUAACAACGCAUCAGAUGACGCCAUUUCGCUCUCAGAAAGUCCUCCGCAUGGAUCUGUGGAUAUUGCACUUUUCGAUGAUAGUCUGCUAGAUUCACCUACUGAAAAUGAAUACUUUGGAAAAGGUUAUGACGUGGUGACUUCACCAUCCAUGCUUCCAUUCUCCGAAACAAAGUAA